AUGACUAAUCGUGUUGCCGAGGCUGACCGAGAGGCUUUCAAGCCUUAUGCUCUCACCUUGGCGGAUCGGGCUAAAGCCGCUCAGUCGGCGAAACGCCGUAAGGCUGAGUCUGAACGAGAGAAAGAAGAUUUCGAGAAGUUCAACAACAACAUACAAGCAAGGUUUGGUCCUGACAUCAAAGUACCAGCGACCCUUGUCCCCCCUUAUCGACUACUCAACCGUUUGGCAUCUUCUCCGUAUGAUCAUAUCGCAGCACCCGAGUUUUUGGCGAGCGCGGCUUCUACCGAGAGGAGAGGCAUUCAGCAAGCCGAAGACGUGAAUACUGGUAAGACUGUUGCCAUUCGCACAGGUAAGGCCCGUAAAAUUUCGUCUUUGCCGCAGUGGGUUGAGUGCUAUUGUAGAUGGUGCACAGGAAUUUUCAUGGUCUGUGGCAAUAAAUCAGAAGUCAAUUCACUUGCUAUGUUCAAGUACCUACUCAAAGUCAUACAGCUAGCUGAAAAACGAAACGUUGAAGCUGCUGUCAUAUACGAUCACAAGUAUCGUGGCUCUCUAAUAGGAUAUCAUCAACAAGGCCAUACUAUUUCCGAGGUUUUGCACAGUGACUUGGAUCCUUCCUUGUAUAUCUCCGCGCAGUUCGGUGGUCUUGAAGAUGUCGAUCAUUUGUUCGAGAAGGCUCACGAUAAAGUUCCCAAGGAGCCAUCAAAGGACAACAAAAGGAGCCAGAAGGAUUCUGACCGUGGAGUUUGCAUCUAUUACCAGACGGGUGACUGUAACAGAGGAGAACGGUGCCCGUUUGAGCAUAUCCUACUGAAGAAGACUAAGGUUGGUCGCUCCUUCUAUGACACUGAUGAAAAAGCUGAGCCCAGCGCCUCUCGUAAGUCAGAACCUUCCAGAAAAAACUAG